AAAACAAUUUGACAGGUAACCUGACUUUCAAAAAGUACAUAAUCCUAAUAGGAAAACAUUAUUGAUUUCGACUAAUUUUAGCAGCGUUAUGAGAUAAAUAAGUAUUUAAUUGAGUAAAUUAUUAUAAAUUGAUGUGCUUUACGUGCCAUAAAUGCAUUUACCUGUGAUUUAAGUGUAUUAAAUAGUGUUUAAUAUUGUAAAUGAUUACGUCGUUUUGUUUUCGUGAUAAGAAUGGGCAACACAAGCAAAAAGCUAGCAUCCCAAUGCAGUUUACUCACUAAAGAGGAGCAGAAGCAUGUUGGCAACACAUUCAAGGCGGCGAGCAAGAACUCCGGACGGAUCCGGGAGGAAGACCUCAUCGUGAGUGGGCUACUAGACGCAGUGUUGUUAGAAAAACACUGGGGUCCCCUAAUAGACCCCCGGCUGGCGCAGUACCUAUCCAACUACUUGUUCGACACGGGGUCUCAAAAGGCGGCUACUUGUGACUUCACUCGCUUCGCAGAACUAUAUGUUUACAAUGUCAGAGGUUCGGUGGACCAGAAGAUGAUGGUGACGUACAGAAGUUUAGGCAACUACAGCGAAAACGACGAACUGCCGUAUCAGCUAAUAAAGGAGUACUGCGAAGCAAUAGUGUCCACCUACAUCAAAGUACUGAAGACCUCGGGCGGCAAGCGCGCCGAGAAAUGGAUCGACAAGGGCUUUCGUGGAAAAGCUGCGGCGGUUCAAACUUUAGGAGAGGCUGUUUCCAGCGGCGUUGGUUCAGACCCUGAUGCACCUCCGCAGGCUGUGAACUCAAAACAAUUGUCUACUUGGCUCAUGACGGACACCCUACUGAAGCACAUGACAGAGACAGUGUAUACAACGCUGUACGGGAUAGAGCGGGAACAAACUACAGAUGACGGUCCCCCUUUAACUGCGGUGCCACAAAUGCUACCCAUGGUGUAUGGUCUGGAUUCGAUGCCGGACUACCCCGCCUUCAUCGACCUAUCGCACAUCGUGUGGCUCAACAACAGCAUACCACCCUCGCAUCAACACAAGUGGCGUUUUUUGUUCUCCUCGCACAUACACGGGGAGUCCUUCGCUACCAUGGUCGGUCGCAUAUGUGAUCAAGGUGCCUCCAUCAUCAUUAUAGAGGACACCCACGGGCACAUCUUCGGCGGCUUCGCCACGGACUCCUGGGAGAUAGGCCCCAACUUCGUGGGGCGGGAGGAGUCGUUCCUGUUCACCCUGGCUCCGAAGAUGAGGGUCUAUAGCUCUUCGGGCUUUAACAACCAUUACCAGUACCUUAAUCAGCAUACGAAGACCUUGCCGAAUGGACUGUUAAUGGGUGGCCAAUUUAACUUCGGCGCCAUCUGGAUCCCCGCAGAUCCAUUCGGGGAAGGAUCCUCAGCAGAAUCCUGUACCACCUACCGCGGCUACAAGCGACUUAGCAAAGAACAGGACUUCCAUAUAAGGAGCAUCGAGGUUUGGGCUGUCGGAGACAAGCCCGAAAGCGACAAGGAAUCGGGCGAACGCGACGUAAGCAUCUUAGACACGAACCCAGAAGCGAAGGCGAUCCUCGAGAUGGCCGGCAAGACUCGACACAGCGAUGGCGUACGCGAGCCGCCCCCUUUAUAAUAAACCUUAUGGAUUAGGGCAGAAAAGCAAGAAUAGGCUUCGCCGCGGUCCACAAUUCCAUGUAAUCUGAGGCUUCCUUAUUUACUGACCAAGGCGUGUAUACUAUUUUUCUGUUCGACGGAGCUGGGAAGCGGCAACAUUGUUACCGCAGCGUGCCGAAAGUUAACGUUUUCCGCACUUACAUAACUAGGGCAGAAAAGUAAGAAACGGCUUCGCCGCGGUCGACAAUUCCAUGUGAUCUGAGGCUUCCUUAUUUACUGACCAAGGCGUGUAUACUAUUUUUCUGUUCUACUGUGCCGAAAGUUGACGUUUUCCGCACGGACAACAGAAAAAAAGAACUUUUUCUAUGUCAAUGUUUUUAUAGUCGCUUAAAGCAUUCUCUGUAAAAAUCGGUAGAUUUAGUUAAAGUGGCUGGUCCCAAUAUUUAUAAAAAAUUGCAACGCACAAUUUGGUAAUAUGCAAAUCUCAUAAUAUUCGUAGAAUAGAAUUUAUAAAAAAAAUAACAUGCUUGUAAAUAAUCAUUUUCUUCUUUAUAUAGUUUUCAAAAGAAUACAUUUAUCGUUGGAUAUAUUAAUUAACAUCAAGCUUAGUAAACUAUUUGAAAGUAAAAGAAAGGGUCUCACUCAAAGAUAAGAAUUAAACUUUUUUUUUUGAGAUUAUUUUGGUAAAUGUAAAAUAAUAAUACCUAGAAUGAUGUAUAUGAUCUGUUAGAUUUGGUGAUUUGUAUAUUAUUAAGUUAUUUAUUUUAAUAUAUUAUAAAUUACUUUUAUCAUUUUUUAUAUGUCUUUAUUUAUUAAUAGUUUGAUGGAAGAUGUUUUUGUUUCUUUUUGUCAUUUCAUAUAUUAAAGCUAUUUUUUGUACGGCCGCAAACCGGUCGGCUCCCCGCGGACGCGGACGGCUCCGGACGGACUCCAUUGCGUAUGUAUAAGACAUUGUGAAAUGCGCUCCGCCGCGGCCAGACUCCAGCCGGUUGGUGGGAAUCGUACCAUCACGGUCUGCGAUUGUUUUGCCAUUUGGGGUCCUAUCUAAAUUGGUUGGUAUCCAAUUCAAUGAGGGCUACAGUUUUUGUGCUCACAAGUUGGCGCCACUGUAGAUGGUGGUCCAGAAAAUCAGCUCUCAAAAUUUUGCUAUCCUCAUUUAAAAAAAAAUGCGUUCUAAUAUACACAAAAGUAAUUUUAUUAUAUUAUAUUUUUUAAACCUGUUUAAUUUUGCAUAUAUUUUAGUUGACACUUUUUAUAGACCACUAACAUUUGUUGAACUAUAUCUAAUGUUUACCAUGAAUAAUCAAAAAUUGAAAAAAAGAUUUACCAUAAUUAUGAAUAAGGAGUCAAAAUUCCCGAUAAAAAAGCUUAACCCCCAAAAAUACUAUGCAUUGAAAGACCUCCGUCUACACUAGCGCCCCUAGCGGCGAAACUAAACGCUUUAGCGUUAUUAACUCCUAAAUGGCUCAACAAGCAUGGAGCGUGACUGUAUAUUUAUCUGUCAAUCAUUCAUGUGUCAAUUUAAAAUGUGUGUUGGCAAUAAUGUCUUUGUGCUUUUAAUACUUCAAUAGGUGCCUUGUAUGUAAAUGAAAAUUGUUGAAAUGUGUUUGGCACCAAACGAAACCAUGUAACACCAAAAAAGAUAGUUUCUUUAUGAACAGGAGCGGUCGAAUGUGUAUACACUUAGGAGCAAAACUGUCCCAAUAGUAGCAUAUAAGUAGAAUGUGGAGAAGUUGAUGUCGAUCAUGU